UGUAUUUUAUAACUGUUACGUUUUAUAUUGAAAGACUUUAAAGUUUGUUCGAAAAUCAGAAAAAAAUCAUUUAUGAAAAAUUCUGAGAAACGAUAAAACGAGGCAGUUGACAAUAAAACGACAAGAUAAAGCGUACCUCACGAUAAGCGAGAGAAUAGAGCCAACUGCAUGAGACGGACUUAAGGCUCUUCAUAUUAAAUUAAAGCCCGGUGCGGCGCAGUGGCCGAAAACCUGACGUGUACACCGGUCUGAUCCGCCGCCAAGUAGGUCAACCGGCGUGCGCGAGAGUGCGAGACUGAGUAAGAGAAAAAAAAACAGGAACAAGAGGAAGGACAAGCGAGAGGGGAAAGAGGAGAGAAAAGAAGGAAUGGCAUGCCACAGGCAGCGCCCGUGAAGUCGGCUCUCCUGAUGUCCAGCAGCGGCUCGCCGUAGACUUAUAAUACAAAAUGGCGAACAUUAAUAAACACCACGAAUUAUUUCGAAUCGACGACGACCGGUUCGGGCACGCGAAAUCCUGAAGAAAGGUCUACGCGAUAUUGCGCUCCUGACAUCCUAGUAUCCCAGAUUGUGCAGAGAGCGGAGUUGCGAUAGCAAUUGGCGAUCAUGGCGAGCUUCAUUGGAUCGACGGUCCUCGUGACCUUGACGAUCCUUACAUUAUUGGGAGUGUCGGCCAUACAGAACGAUAAAACGUCCUCUCAAGUGUCUCGAGAAAAUAUCGUAUUGAGCGCCAGCGCUUACACUGGACCCGAAAAAACAUCCAGCGGACGGCAACUGGACGAGUCCUUGACUUUCCAAAGGACCGUGCCGGCAUUCCAGCUGGAAAGCUCGAAGAGCGUUAACAGUUACGAAAGAGAGGAGGAUAGGUUCGCAUUUCGAGAUACGAAUCGCGAUGAGUCCGUCGACGAGCUGACGUCGUCAAAACACGUAGACCAUAUUGACGGUAAUAACAUCGAGGUGAAAGCCGGCGAAUACUAUCACAUAGCGCCCACUACUAGCGAAUCAAUGUCGGGGGAAGGACAAGGGGCUCCGCUGAGAGUAAAUCUCCUGUCGGAGCCCCAUCAGCUGGCUGGCGCGCCGAGGCAACGAGCACAGCAUUCGCCAGUAACGGAUCUGCAACGACGAGGCCGUCAAGAGAUCCCCGGGAUCUAUAGCGAACACGCGCCGCCGCCGCCGAUCCUGCAAACUGCCGCACCGGGUCAUAGACAAGCGAAUCCCGAUGUACACGAGAUUAUUAGCAACAUUGUCAAGUUCUUCAAUGGCAACAUUAAUGUGGCUGCAAACACUGUCAGGCCAUUAAGGCCGAUACAACCAACAAGGAUCAACAAUAGAGGGCCGCCCAGAAUCUCAGAUGUGCCGCCGUUACCGUCGGACUUCGACACUCCCGGUAUGAAUCCGCCACCGCCGCCGCCAUCGUCGCAUCCUUAUCCGUUCGAGAAGCCCCCUGCACCUGACAGACCAUUAUUGAAUCAGUUGCCGCCGGAAAGACCCGUUAGACCCUUCAUCAGCGGAGUGCCACUACCAGAACAAGUCGUGCCGCCUUGGAGUCGGGAUCCUGCUCAUACUGGUAAUAGGCGACCGCCCCCGCCUUACAAAUCCUCGCCGCCGCCGCUGGAUUCCAUCUUCCAUCGCGAUAAGAAUCUCUCGACGACGGAGAACGCGCAGUACGAUUUGAAACCGGAAUCCGAAACACCCCAGGAGAGCUCCACGAUAAAGAAAGAUGCUAGUCACCAAGGAACACUUAUCAAUGAUGACGAUACUAAGAAUUAUACGAGCAAUUCUAGCGCCGACAAGGAUCGAGUCGAAGCCACAGCGGCGACCGAUGACUCAGCUAUACGGAACACAACAAAGAAACCUGAAUCUGAGGAGUCCACGAAGAAGCAUAUUAUAAUUCACAAGUACCAUACACCUUCGAAGGAGACCAAGAUCAACGGCGAGGAGACAUUAAUCCUCGGUGUUGCUGCGGAUUACGUCACUCCGACUCACAUUACGCAUCAUUCGGAAUCCUCGAAGAUAGAAACGCCGUCGAACAGUCAAAGUCAAGUCAAAGUUACGAAAUCCUCGAAAAAUGACGAGAAAACAACCGCGACUGUCAAGGGGGAAAAACCGACCGAAAAAACCACCUCGAUCGUCUCGAAAACGACCACGAAGACCUUCUCAACCAGCACUUUAAACAUCGAGACUAGUUCGUCCGUCCAAGUGAUCGAAUCUACACCGACGAAAGUUAUUUUAAAACCGACUUCGAUUUCCACGGAAUCGAGCGCUGAUACCAAAUCCGGCAUAAAUUUGGAGCCUAGCAGUGCAUCAGAUAUGGAACAUACGGAACUAAUAUCCAGCGUCUCGACGCCGACCGACGGUCUCCCUUCGAGUUAUUCGAAGAGCACGGCUACGAUAGAGAAAAGCGCUAUUCAUCCUACAACUUCGAAAAAUACAGCAUCGACGGAACGUUAUCGACCACGACCUGGGAUUGUUCUGGAUGACACGCUGGAUUACACUGGAGCGCAAGGAUUGCCGAGUCAGAGGCCUUACGCACCCUCGAGGCAUCCAUCUCCCGGUGACGUCUUUGAUGUCACUGUUUCGGCAAUUCAGGGCCCCGGAGGGAGUACCGGGGACAGCGUUAGAGUAUCUCUCAACUCGGGUGGCGAUGUUAUAUUAACUAGCGCUGUCGGGGGACAAGGUUUCGUAAGUAUUGAUGGAAAAAGGACGUAUCUGAAUUUAUUCGAUAACACGGAUCGAACACCUGCACCCACCCAUGUACAACCGCAGCCAACUAGAACCCAACCGCCGCCCAUCGUCGGUACUGGUCUUGCCAUUCCGCAACCGGAGUCCCCUGUCGCUACUUCACGUCCAAAUGGACCGAAUCGGAGGCAGCCACCGUUAUAUCGAAGACCGACACAUCCACCUGUCAGAAUAGACACUUGCAUCGUGGGCGACACAAGUACUUGCGACGCAAGUCAACACGAGGCUUGUGCCACCGUUCAAGGGGUCUCGGCUUGUCACUGCAAGCCAGGAUAUGCGAGACUUCAGCAUUCGUUACCGUGCAAACGAAUCGUCAGCAUCGUUGUGUCAAUCCGAGUCGACAAGUUUUACGACAAGAAAGUCGUGUGGGAUCGGGAAUUGGCUGACAGGGAUUCAGAUUCUUAUCAGGCUCUCGCUUAUGAGGCGAAUAGAGCUGUUGAGUCUGCUAUGUCCAUGACACCAUUUUCGGAUGAGUACAUGGGAUCGUUAAUAAAUAACGUUUAUCAAGGAGACGUGAGCCAAGGACAGGGUGGAGUUUUUGUAAAUGCAACUUUGAAGCUGACCUACGAACCGAGAACAAUUAGGCCAAGUUUAGCCGGUGAGCUCCAAAGACAUCUAUUAGGUGUUAUUCAUAGAAGAAACAACAACAUUGGAAAUAGUGCUUUAUACGUGGACAGCCCAGCUGGAUCAAUAUCGAACUUACAAGAUUUGGAUGAAUGCGCUUCAUCGGAGUUGAAUGAUUGUCAUUCAUCCGCUAGUUGUGCAAAUUCUUUCGGCGGUUUUAUGUGCUCCUGCAAUCUAGGAUUGAAAGAUCCUCACAAGGACGAUCUUAACGAAUCGGGAAGAACGUGCUUGUCGUGUCCUUCAACUUAUUGCAAUAAUCGUGGCACCUGCUCCUAUCAAGGGGAUCAGAUGCAGUGCGCAUGCACCGGCAAUUACUACGGCGCGCAAUGUGAAGUCGAUGGUGAAGUCUUAGGUGUUGCUAUAGGCGCAUCUGUGGCUGCAUUAAUAAUUAUAGUGCUCACACUCAUCUGCCUCGUUAUGUGGAGUCGGAAAUGGUCUCGCGAACAAAAGUCUGCCGGUUCUCCGGUGUACGGUUAUAUUCAAGGUGGAAUACCCGGUACUCUUCCAGGAACUUUAGCAAGAGUCGGUUCUGUAGGCACUCUAGCGUCCGUAAAGCAAGGACCGCCGACGAAUUUGCCGCCUUACAUGUGGGCUCAUUUUGGAGAACACAUGGCUACAGCGAAUGUUUAUGCGACUGAACCUAUGGGUCCGACGCGACCAAGUUCGGCGAUGUUUGGUUAUCCACCUAUGAGUAUUCAUGGAACGCUACCUCCGGUCCCAUUGCCACGACUUCAGGCCCCACCACGGACGAGACAAAGACCACAGCCAGAUCCGGAUAGCUCGGAUUCUGAGCCACAAGAUAAGGACAGAGCCGACCUAAUUCCUCAAAGCAGUGGCUUUCAUGUGCCCAGACCAAAAUCAAGAUCCUCAUUAGCAAAUCAAAGUGGAAUUUAUAACGACGUGGAAUACGACCAGGGUGAUGUUCAUCAUUUAUCGAAAAACAACAUCCCGAUGUCCACUUACAGACCGUACUACAGAACGUGAAAUUCACAGCGCGAGAAGUAGCACACUCGCGCACGUGUGUCAAGGGACAACGCUAAAUAACCCGUCGCAAUAUUUAUCGUUUAAAGUGCUCAAUAAAUAGUGCAUUACGACGUGCGGUGCUGCCGGUGCAAAGUAAUCCCACGAUAGAAGCCGUGGCUCUCGUUUCAGAGUCUGAGCAAACGAAACGUUCAGGACAUAUUUCGCAAAUAGAGGAAGUAAGCUUAAUCGCAUCCGCACAUAUUAAACAGAUUACAUCUUUGCUCACUACAAAGUAACGAUUCUUGUAACAGACCCGGUGUUCUUGCAGUCACGCGAUCAUAUAGAUCGAUUCAUUUUCAGCGUAAUGGAGAUAUAUUUACUAUUCACUAGUUUUGUUAUUCUGUAAAGUCCAAAAAAUUACUUGUCAAAUAGGUCUUAUUAAGGCAAACGGUUGUUGCAUCAAUCGCACAUAUUCGACUAUUUUUAUUUACCACUUUGAUUAUUAUUGUUAGCUCAAUUCUUAGAGUAAGAAUAAUUUAUAAACAUGAAUAUUGACUGCAUUUAUUUUGAUAAAUUACGAUUGUUAAGCAGAAACUAAUUAUGAUGUUAUGAAUUUAGUACGAAAUAAUUUAAUUUUUAUAUUAAGUAGUUUUAAAAUUUAAACGAUACGUUUAAAAAAAGAUGUUUAAUUAUAUUGUAGUUAAUAUGAUUAUAAUUUAUUAAAGUUUCUCUGAAAAAGACACAAUCAAAUCGAA